AUGGCGGGGAAGCCCAAGCUUCACUACUUCAAUGGACGGGGCAGAAUGGAGGCCAUCCGGUGGCUCUUGGCUGCAGCUGGAGUAGAGUUUGAAGAGCAAUUUAUAACAUGCCCAGAAGAUUGGGAUAAGUUAAGAAAUGACGGGCGGCUGAUGUUCGGGCAAGUGCCCAUGGUAGAGAUCGACGGGAUGGAGCUGGUGCAGACCAGAGCCAUCCUCAACUACAUCGCCAGCAAGCACAACCUCUACGGGAAGGACUUAAAGGAGAGAGCCCUGAUUGACAUGUAUAUAGAAGGUAUGGCAGAUUUGAAUGAAAUGAUCAUUAUGUUCCCCAUGCAUCCACCUGGGGAAAAAGAUGCCAAGCUUGCCUUGAUCAAGGAGAAAACAACAAAUCGCUAUUUCCCUGCCUUUGAAAAAGUGUUAAAGAGCCACGGACAAGACUACCUGGUUGGCAACAGGCUGAGCCGGGCUGACAUUCACCUGGUUGAACUUAUCUACCACGUGGAAGAGCUGGACCCCAGCCACGCCAACUUCCCUCUGCUGAAGGCCCUGAAAACCAGAAUCAGCAACCUCCCCAAUGUGAAGAAGUUUCUGCAGCCUGGCAGCCAGAGGAAGCCUCCUGUAACUGCGGAAGCAAUAGAACAAGCAAGGAAGGUUUUCAAGUUUUAAAAAAGCAGGCAUGGAAGAGAAGCCCGUGCAAGACCAAUAAUCUCUUUGCACCAACAAAGUGCUGAGGGUAGCUAUUGUGAAGCCAAUAAACUUUUUCAAAUUAUGUACUCAUCAAAUAAAAAAUAACUCUUAUGUGCAAACUUA